AUGGCUACACAAUCGAAUAUUUCAACAUCGCCAAAUCCUCAGUUUCAGAGGCAACCAAUGUCCUAUUUAGAGGGUCCGGUAGAUCCUCCGUUAGUAGAUCUUACUCUCGGCGAACUUUUAGAUCUCCAAUGUCAGCAUCACGGCAGCCGGGAAUGCAUCGUCACGCCUUGGACAGGUGCUCGGUGGACAUACAAUGAGCUCAACCAGCAAAGCUCUCAGUUGGCGAGGACGCUGCUUUCCCUUGGGAUCAGUGUUGGUGAUCGCGUUGGCAUUAUGGCCGGUAAUUGCGAGCAAUACGCCGCCGUCUUCUUCGCUGUCGCACGGAUCGGAGCUAUACUGGUUAUAUUGAACAACACAUACACACCAACAGAAGCGUUACACGCACUCAAGUUCUCAGACUCGAAAAUAUUCUUCACAACGAAGAAAAUUGGAAGGCUGCAAAACACAAAAUUAUUAGCAGAACUAGCCAAGGAGAAGGAGGGCCCCAACGUUGUCAUCUUGAGAGGCGAGUCGGGAUCUUAUCCAACAUAUGCGGACCUAAUUAAGCAAGGAAGAUCGGUAAGUGACAGUGAUCUUCAUCGUCUCGGGAAGAAGGUCCUCGCGCAUAAUGUGUGUAAUCUGCAAUUCACCAGCGGCACCACAGGUCUUCCCAAGGCGGCUAUGUUGACGCACCACAACAUCGUCAACAACGCUCGCUUCAUUGGCGACCGUAUGCGACUUACCCCAGAUGAUGUUCUCUGUUGUCCACCACCAUUGUUCCACUGCUUCGGUCUCGUGCUCGGUAUGAUGGCCGUCAUUACCCACGGCGCCAAGAUCGUGUACCCGGAGGAGACCUUCGAUCCAGCCGCUGUCCUCCGCGCCAUCUCCGACGAACGGUGCACGGCAGUACAUGGCGUCCCCGCCAUGUUCGACACCCUCUUCAGCCUUCCCUUCCCUCCUAACUUCGACUGCACCAACCUGCGCACGGGAAUCAUUGCUGGUGCCCCUGUGCCCCGCUACCUCAUGGAGCUGCUCGUGGAGCGUUUUGGCAUGACUGAGUUCACUAGCAGUUACGGACUGACAGAGGCCAGCCCGACCUGCUUCAACGCAUUCACCGACGACGCUAUUGAAAAGCGACUGACUACCGUGGGUACAUUGAUGCCUCACGCGCGCGCCAAGAUCGUCGACCACGAUGGUCAAAUCCUACCGCUGGGCGCACGCGGUGAGCUGUGCAUCGCGGGGUACCAGCUACAAGCCGGAUACUGGAACAACUCGGAGAAAACAGCAGAGGUGAUGCAACGCGACGCUGAAGGCGUCCUAUGGCUACGAACAGGCGACGAAGCCGUAUUUGACGAGCAAGGAUACUGUUCCAUCACCGGACGAUUCAAGGACAUCAUUAUUCGCGGCGGCGAAAACAUAUACCCGCUCGAGAUCGAAGAACGGCUACUAGCACAUCCGGCCAUAACCCGAGCGAUAGUCACGGGGCUCAAGGACGCGCACUAUGGAGAGGUGGUCGGCGCGUUCUUGCAGCUAGCGGAUGAAGCCGUAAAGGAGGGGCAAAAACUUGGUGAUCAGGAAGUUCGUGAUUGGGUGCAGCAGAAGCUGGGACGUCAUAAGGCACCGACACACGUAUUCUGGCUAGGCGAGGAUGGCGUACCGGCUGAUGUGCCGUUGACGGGAAGUGGUAAGGUUAAGAAGUUCGAGAUGGCGCGGUUUGGCGAAGAGAUAUUGAGGAAGAGGCGUCUAGAGAAGUUGUAA